GCUCUUAAAACGGAAGUUCACGAAAUUACGAGGUGUUUUGAACACUACAUGAAGAUAAACAGACGCACACUAUGCAGACAGUUGAGGAUAUCAACGUUACGGAGGAUUUAGCUAGCUAACGAAACAUUGUUUUAAAGGGAAAGCUGCUCUGUAUGCUGUAUGCUGUAUUUGUGUGUGUCUGUAAGACUCAAAUGCUAUCUAGCCACUCACUUUGACAGUCACACGCUAUCAGGAUGGUGUCUUACAAGCGGCUGAACCCUGAAGAUGUUCAGUUUUCCGGUGCACUUUUGUCAGAAGAACCUCGUCCUCCUGCCCAUGAAGAACUUUCUGUUCGGGAGCCAGAGGAAGCCUCCUUGCUUCCACGUACGCCGUCAUGCUCCGUCACCACAGGCCUUCUGGUGAUUGGCUGCCUGCUGCUGCUCCUCUGUGGAUGCUGGCUACUGGGCGCCAUGUUCUGGCUGCACCGACCGUCCAACCAACAGCCACACAAACUACCUUCACCGGCUGGUGCACAAACACCAGACUCUCAAAUAGACAUAGGCGUAAACAACACUGCAGCCGCUUCCCGCCGCGAGGCUUGCAGUUUAAUCCCUGAGGCGUGGAGGUUCGACUGCUACCCUGAAAGAGGGGUGGUUGUGACCCGAGAGUUGUGUGAGGCAAGGAGCUGUUGCUUCAUCCCUGCAUCCUCUCCCUCCUCCUCUGCCACCCGCCCAUCAGGGAGAAAUGGCAUCCCUUGGUGUUUCUAUCCACAGGAUUUCCCUUCCUACACGCUUGUGUCAAUAAACGACACAUCGCUGGGGCAGAAGGGUACACUUGUAAGGGAGGUGAAGACCUACUACCCAGCAGAUAUCCUCACUUUAGAGGUGGAGAUACGUCAUGAGACAGACACACGGCUACGUGUCAGGAUCACUGACCCGUCUAAUUCACGGUUUGAGGUUCCAAUCUCUGUUCCCGCCGCCACCAAGAAGGCCAAAAGUCCAAUCUACACUAUAGAGUUAUCAAAGCAGCCAUUUGGUCUUAUUGUGAAGAGGAGCUCUACAGGAGCAGUGCUUCUGAACACCACAGUGGCUCCUCUCUUCUAUGCGGAUCAGUUUCUCCAGCUCUCCACCUCCCUGCAGAGUCAGUUCAUUUACGGCCUGGGUGAGCACCGCUCCACCUUUCUGCAUGAUGUGCACUGGAACACACUCACCAUGUGGGCCAGAGAUGUGCCUCCAAUGGAAAAGACAAACCUAUAUGGAGCUCAUCCAUUUUACCUGGCAAUGGGGGAUGGAGGGAACGCACACGGCUUCUUCCUGCUCAACAGCAACGCCAUGGAUGUGAUCCUCCAGCCCGCCCCAGCCCUCACCUGGCGCACUAUUGGUGGAAUCCUUGACUUUUACGUUUUCCUUGGUCCUGAUCCCGCUUCGGUGAUUGAACAGUAUGUGGAAGUCGUAGGCUACCCAGCGAUGCCCAUCUACUGGGCUUUGGGCUACCAUCUCUGUCGCUGGGGUUACUAUACUAGCAAUUCUACCUGGGAGGUUGUCAAGAGCUUGAGGAAUUAUGGGAUACCCCAGGACGUCCAGUGGAACGACAUCGACUACAUGGACCAAUUUUUGGACUUUACUUUUGACUCAACAAAGUUCAGCACGCUGCCCGAUCUGGUCAAGGACCUGCAUGCUCAUGACCAGCGCUACGUUAUGAUCCUGGACCCUGGGAUCAGCAGCGUGCAGCCUGAAGGCUCAUACUGGCCGUACGUCGAAGGGCUGAGGAGGGACAUUUUUAUUAAAGACGCUGAAGGAAAAACACUCAUUGGAAAGGUGUGGCCCGGUCUGACAGCAUAUCCCGAUUUCUCGGACGAUGCAACGCAUGAAUGGUGGCACGACAACCUUCAGAGGUUCCAUGAGAAGGUCCCAUUUGAUGGACUAUGGAUUGACAUGAACGAGCCAUCAAAUUUCCUGGAUGGGUCUACCAAGGGCUGUCCAUCAAGCAGUCUUGAAAAUCCUCCUUACACACCCGGAAUACUGGGAGGUUCGCUGAGAGCCAAAACUGUGUGUGCCACUGCAAAGCAAAAGCAGUCCAUACACUACAAUAUACACAGCCUCUAUGGACUUAUGGAAGCUAAGGCGUCUGCAAGUGCUCUGAAGAGGAUUGUGGCAAAGAGACCUUUUGUGAUAUCCCGCUCCACCUUCCCCAGUCAAGGGAUGUACUCUGGUCACUGGCUGGGAGACAACAGGAGCCAAUGGAAAGACAUGUACACUUCUAUAGCAGGUAUCUUGACCUUUAACCUUCUGGGCAUCCCGUUGGUGGGAGCAGAUAUCUGUGGCUUCAGUGAGGAGCCGCAGGAGGAACUUUGUGUCCGCUGGACGCAGCUGGGAGCUUUCUAUCCCUUCACACGCAACCACAAUGCCAUCGACAUGAAGCCUCAAGACCCGACAGCGUUCAGCCCUCUGGCUCGUACAGCCAUGAAGCAAGCUCUGCUGCUACGCUAUUCACUUUACCCCGUCCUCUACACUCUCUUCCAUCAUGCACACGUACACGGACACACUGUCGCACGGCCAGUAAUGUUUGAGUUCCCAAAAGAUGUAAAAACCUAUGGGAUUGACAAACAGUUCCUGUGGGGGAAGAGUUUAUUGGUGACGCCAGUAUUGGAUCCUGGAGUUGACUAUGUGGAUGGUUACUUCCCAGAGGGUCUGUGGUAUGACUACUACACGGGCGACUCUCUGCACAGUAAGGGUGAAGACCUUCGACUCCACGCGCCUCUAGAUAAGAUCAACCUGCAUUUGCGUGAGGGUUCUAUUACACCAACUCAGGCACCCAACCUGACGCUGUGGGUGAGCAGCGGUCAGCCUCUCCAUCUGGUCUCGGCUCUCUCCGACGAUGGUUCAGCCAGCGGAGAUCUCUUCUGGGAUGACGGGGAGAGCAUCGACACCUACGAGAACAAUCUGUACUCCUACAUCAUCUUUAAUGUCACUCAGAACGUGAUGACAUCACAGGUUCUCCAUAGCAACGUGGAGGCUACAUACAUCACCGUGGAGACGGCCGCUUUCUACGGUGUGAAGCAAAAGCCAAGCAGGGUGCUGGUGAACUCCCAAGAUGCAGCGUUCACCUACAGAGCCAACCAGGUGUUAACAGUUGCAGAUCUUGGUCUCAACCUCAGUCAGAACUUCACCAUCAGCUGGAUGUUCUGAAUCAGAUUUUUGUUGUUCUUUUACAUUGUUGGUUUUAUUUGCUGUUGGCUAUUAAAGACCCAAGCUGGUACACAGUGCAGUCUAUACGUUUCAGGACAGUGAUGUUUUAGCUCUGUACUCCAGAUCACAUAUGAGGUUAAAAGGAUAAGAUCAAAGUGCUUUUUUCACAUUUGUUUUGAGUGAGCAAAGUAGGACUUGUAGACCUUUUUUUUUUUUCUUCAUUGAGUGGACUCUGCAUAAAAAAGGGCUACAAUUCCAAACUCCUCAUCUUAUGUGGUUGCAGAUUUAAGUCCAGACUUGCCACUUAAACCUCGUAGUCAUUGAUUAAGUUGUUAUCUAAUGUGCUGGAGUACAGAGAAGAAACAAGCUGUCAGUCUGUCAGAACAGAUAAACAGGGUCUCUGGAGUGGGUGAGGUCUUGUUUGUGUUAAUAAUAUUGAUAAUGUGACAUUUAAAAAAACAUGAAGGCUCAUGAAACAACAACACAGCCUCUGACCUCCAGUAGUCUGGACACUGCUUUGAAUAUGCAUGUGGAACAUCUAAUUUAUUGGUUGAUAACAUAACUCUAAUUUAAACAAAAAGCAUGCCUUGCUAUUUUUAACCUUAUUUUUCCCAGUUCAUGAAUGCAUAGAUCAUAGAUCAAAUGCUUUUUUUAAAUUUCAAAAAGCAGAAAGAGUAUGUGCAAUAAGUGGAGAGGAUGGUCUACCUUUCUAAAUAUAGUUAAUGAUGUAAUCUGUUUGUGCUUGAAUGCUGUUUACAGCUUAUCUUAUUUUUGCACUAAUUGCUACUGCGGUGUUGUAAAUGUAGAUACAGGUGCCUUACGAUUCCUGUUUGUGUGUUUUUGAGCCUCUCUGUUUUUGUGCAGCUUUAUAUUGUAAGCCUUUUUUAAUCGCUGAUGACCAUAGGACUACUAUGCAUGAGGGUUACUUUCAUGCUUAACUACACUAUCCAGCAGUAUCCAGCCAUAUGUGCCAUGUGUUCUGCAAUCAUUUGACUGUGAAUUUUCUGACACCUGACGACAGAAAGAAACGUUUUUCAAACGAGUUUUUCAAGAUCAGCGAAGUUCAUUCUGCUUGGAUCUGACCUUGAUGCUGUGAAAAGCUGCUUUGAAUUUAUAGUCUUUCUCACAGAACUGCAGUUGUAAAAAGCUUGCAUCAUUUUCAAAGCAAUCAUCAAUGCAUGUGUGCUGUAAAUCCAACUACGCAAAUAUUUUUAAAGACACCAAUACUACAGAGUAUAUUUUACUGUCAUUUAUGUUAAGGUAACUGAAAUUGUUACU